UCGCUCCCUCUGCUGCUGCUGCUGCUGGUCUGCAGCGCCCAGGCUUCUCAUUAUCAUGGAUCAGUAAUGACUUACUACCCAAAAAACACUAACGCAGAUGGAUCCAUGACGGUGGAGCUUCAGUAUAAUUUGAACUUCCGCUGUAGCCUAGACAUUACCUCGUGGAUAUGCCCCAGCAAUAAUUGUGGGAUUGUGAGUUCUGAAGUUGCACACAAUGUCACUAAGGACAGCAGCCCAUUUGAGUGGUGUCAGAGAGAUGGAAUCAUCACUCGCCAGGUUCCUACCAACGCUCCCUUUCAGCUGUUGUUAAGCGGUGGUGACUGGAUAAAUUUCAUCAGAAAUAACAUCGGAUCAGUGAAAGCUGUGACUCUGGUGGAGCUGAGGAACCGGUCAGACACCAACCAGGCCAACAGAUCACCCCAGACCAAUAUACUGGCAGUUGUGAGAGUUCCUUCGAACUGUCCGAGAGACUUCAACCUGUUGACGUUUGACCCUGAUGGAGACCAAGUUAAAUGCAGAUACGCAAACUCAGCACUAUCAGAGUGUGACCAAUGUACACCGCCAUCUGUUCUCAACCUCUCAACAUCUUGUACUUUGUCAUUCAGUUCCAACAGUAGCAUUAAUGAAGGUCCGUGGGCUGUACAGCUGGUGAUGGAGGACUUUCCCACGCAGAAUAUCAUCCUGACUCAAACUGAUGGGGUGCAGACGACGAUAACUACCAACAACGCUAUAAGCAAAAUACCUCUCCAGUUUGUUUUUAAUGUGGAUCGAGCGGUGCCGUCCUGCACAGAGGGACUCUAUCUGCCCAAGUUUCUGCCUCCAACCCCAGACAACAGAGCUCAGCUGUACGCCCCUGUCAAUCAGACCCUGGAAAUCAGCAUCAAUGCAAAAGCAAAUAUCUCCACGAUUUCAGAUCUGUUGUUCAGCGGGCCGUACAAUAUGAACCAGACUACACUGGGAGCUGGACAGUACAUCCUGAGUUGGACGCCGUCUGAAAACCAAACUGGAGAAAACCACCCCGUUUGUUUUGUUGUCCAGGCUGUUUUCAAUUCAGUCACGUAUCAGUCAGAGCUACGAUGUGUGAUUGUGAAUGUUGGAUAUGACCCAUUCCCAAUCCCAAUUUUUUUAGGUCUAAGGAUGAAGGUUUCCGCUCUGUUUUCACUGUCUGAGGACUAUAUCAUUGAUAACAUCGUAGAACUGAUAAGAGCUGAACUGUUGAGUCAAGGGCUGCCAUCAGACCUCCCUCUCAAACUCAACUCUUCAACCACAGCGCCCUCUGCUGUUUCACCUUGAACAAAAAGAAUAUUUUCAGUUGUGGAAUAAAAAUUGUUUUUCCAUUGAUUUUAUUUCCAGUGUGUAGGCUACUUUUUAAUUGUCUAUUUACAUUCAAGCAAACUGCAAAAACAAAUUCUCUUUAGUAAAAUUAAGCUUAAGUGACUAUUGACAAUUCAAUUUAUUGUACAAUUGUAAUUUAGAGUACUUUCGUAACCAUUGCAGCAGAAAUGUCUUCAUAUCAUGUCUUUUCCUGGUUCAUUGUCUGACCUAAAAGAAAUUCUUCUGUGUGGGACUCAGACAGAGCGUUUGUCUUGUGCAAUAAGAUAAUAAAAUAUAUUUUUAAGGAUUUAAGGGGCUCUCCUGUUAGUUUUGUUGCAGGGCAAAUUACAACUGAAGUAACUAUAAGUACAUAUAAAUCCUAGCAGAGCUUAGUACAACGAUCAUGAGCCGAUCUAAUCAGAAACAUAAAACACCUGUGAGGGUGUGCGAGGUCUUCGAUCAUAGAUAAUAAUGCAUCAUAUUUAAUUUGUUGACCCUGUUUUGUUUGUGAAAUUUAACUAUGUAUGAAAACCGUAUUUUAAACCGUAUAUAAUAUUUUCCUCAUGUGUUCCUCAAAAUUGUACUUAUGUAGUUAAAUAAUUUAAUUCUCCAAUGGAAAAAUACCAAAUUUGUCAUGAGUUGUAGUUUUUGCCAUUUGUUUCUGGUGUCCUUCUGUUUACCUGUUCUUCUUCACCCACCUGUUCUGUAUUCAGCCACUCACCUGUAAGUGUGGUCGCUUUUGGUUCAUUCAUUAAAACCCCUUUGUACUGUA